CGACUUGUGUAACAGUCAUUCGAUGCAGUUGAUUUCUUGACAACGUUAACCAUGUGCGGAGUCAAGUCCUGUAACAUUUCACCUUGAUCUUGACGCUAACUGCCGCUUAAAACGGACUGCUGAUUGCCGCUCGUACACUUGCACAUUGACCGGCGCCAUGUUGCUACGGCACAACUGUAUUCGUCUGCGCUGGUUCGGCUAGCUGCUGUUAGGCUUACCGUGUAGUGCGCAGGCGUUUGCGGCGCCGGCGACGCCUCCGUAGAAGUGAAAAAAGAUCGGAUGAUCGCCAGCAUCAAGCCCGAAUUUCUCCACCACCGUAAGGUCUAAAGCUCGAAAAUAAGUGGAAUACCAAUGCAUUUCAUCACUCACACUGGGAUUGCUUAAAACUGGUGUCAUCCUAAGAAUUCGUUCCAAGUGGAUAUGACUUCAAACCUCAAUGACUACAAUUUAUUGACAACAGGGAUGCCGACGCCUAUGCGUCUGCGAGACCUUAUUCGUCAGAUCCGGGCAGCCCGAACAGCAGCGGAUGAGCGGGCAGUUGUGCAGAAAGAGUGUGCCUAUAUCCGAUCAACAUUCCGCGAAGAGGACAACACCUGGCGCUGUCGCAAUGUGGCCAAACUCCUCUACAUUCACAUGCUUGGCUAUCCUGCACAUUUUGGCCAGUUGGAGUGCCUGAAGUUGAUAGCAUCAUCACGUUUCACGGACAAGCGUAUUGGCUACCUGGGAGCGAUGCUUCUCUUGGAUGAGCGGCAGGAUGUACAUCUGCUCAUCACCAAUUCGCUAAAGAAUGACCUGGGCAGUCAGACUCAGUUUGUGGUUGGCCUGGCGCUUACUGCUUUGGGUUCUAUCUGCUCUCCAGAGAUGAGCCGGGACUUGGCCGGGGAGGUGGAACGUCUCCUAAAAACGUCAAACGCCUACAUUCGCAAGAAGGCCGCCUUGAGUGCCUUCAGGAUUAUUAGAAAGGUUCCAGAGUUGAUGGAAAUGUUUAUUCCAGCGACACGGUCGCUCCUCACUGAGAAGAACCAUGGUGUGCUUAUCACAGGGGUCAUCCUCAUCACAGAAAUGUGCGAGAAGAGUCCAGACACAUUACAGCACUUCAAGAAAUUGGUUCCCAAUUUGGUGCGGAUUCUGAAGAACCUUAUCAUGGCUGGCUAUUCUCCUGAGCAUGAUGUCUGUGGCGUCAGUGACCCCUUUCUUCAGGUGAAGAUUUUGCGACUGCUACGACUGCUGGGCCACAAUGACCCUGAGGCAAGCGAAGCCAUGAAUGACAUCUUGGCCCAAGUUGCUACUAACACUGAGACCAGCAAGAAUGUGGGCAAUGCAAUCCUGUAUGAGUCUGUUCUCUCUAUAAUGGACAUCAAAUCGGAGAGUGGACUCAGAGUUUUGGGGGUAAACAUUCUGGGCAGGUUUCUCCUCAACACGGACAAGAACAUUCGCUAUGUGGCUCUCAACACACUUCUCCGGACAGUGCAUGCUGACUACACAGCGGUUCAGAGGCACCGCAACACCAUCCUAGACUGCCUUAAGGAUCCUGAUGUUUCAAUUCGCAGACGUGCACUAGAGCUAUGUUUUGCACUUAUCAACACGCAAAAUAUUCGAGCCAUGACGAAAGAGUUGCUGGUGUUUUUGGAGAAGGCUGACCCCGAGUUCAAAGCCCUCUGUUCCUCGAACCUUUUCAUUGCUGCUGAAAUGUAUGCACCUACAAAGCGGUGGCACAUUGAUACCAUGAUCAAAGUGUUAACAACAUCUCAUCGUGCAGGCAUUCCCCCAAUGACAGUGUUUGAAAAAGACGGGUUGAAGUUAGAUUUUGCUUUCGAGAAAGAGCCGUCAAGCCCACAGACAGCAGUGAUUCACCUGACAGCCGUCAAUCAGUCAUCCUGCCCCAUGACCGAUUUCCUGUUUCAGGCUGCUGUCCCAAAGACAUUCCAGCUGCAGAUGCUGCCACCAGAUGGCUCUGUAGUACAACCAAACAGUUCUGGAUGCGUAAGACAAACCAUCAAGGUGACAAGUCCUCACAAGAACCCUUUGAGGAUGCGAAUCAGAAUAUCCUACAGCAUCAAUGGUGCUCAAGUCCUGGAGCAGGCUGAAGUGAACAACUUCCCAGCCUCUGUAUGGCAGUGAAAGGUUCUUUGUCGCACCACUUCACUCCUGAGAACUUUCAGGUCAUGCGCUGGUGAGCAAGGUGGCUGCUGAGUUCUAUCACUGAGCCUCAUGCUUCGAAGUGAAAAACUGAAGAGGACAGACGACUUUGAGAAAUGAUGGACGUCUGCGUGUAAAAGGACUUGGUGGAGAGGAAGGGAAUUGAAAAGGAAAAAGCCAUGAGAACUGCUAUACAAGUCAGCAGAGGAGCCAAGUGCCAUUUUUCCAUUCCCCUAUCUCACAUCCUAUGCUCCUCAUUCCCUUCCUUUUCCAGAGCAUCCAAGUAACCUUGCAGCUUUUGUAGGUGCGACCAACAUCUUAGUCAUUGUUUCCUUCAUCCCUCCCCAAAAGGAGGUGCUGCACUGGGCAACCUGACUUUGUUAAAAGUGUGUUGCACUGUGCAACAGUGACCCCACAUGUUGGGUCACUCUAAUGAUAUGCCCCUUUUUGUUGUUACAGAACAUGUUUAGGCAUGCUACGAAUGCUGUGUGAAACAUGAAAUAUUACCGACCUUUUUUUUUCUUUUCUUUUUUUUUUCUUUUAUCACUUUCACCAUUGUGUUAUGCUCUUCAUGUUUUUCUUCUUUUGUGCACUUCGCUCAAGCGUUUAUAUUUUGAGAUGCCAUGCUGGCAGUUUUUUUCUCUCUUUGUGAGAGGCCAGCAGAUAGAACAGGCCAAGGUGCUCUGGGUGUGCUUAGCCAUUCCAUCCACAGGACGUAUAGGGGACAGGAAUGACUGUGAGCUGUUUUAAGUCCCUUGUGUCCUUACCAGUUUUUUUCUUUCUUUUGCUUACUGGAACUGUGACAUGUGACAUGUAGGACACCAGUGUUUGCGGAUGUAUAAAGAAUGUGUACCCGUGAGCACUCGUCAUUGGAGGAUGUUUUAGAAAGAGGGAAUUACGGGGAGCUACCGACACAAGUUUGUUGCCUGCAUAGCCUUUUGCCAAAGGCUGUCGUGGUUGGGAAUGCAUCGUAUAUUAGCCAAGUGAAUGUUUAUGGCAGGCAACAGCAGUGGUGAACACAGUCUUUGCAAGCUUUUAUUUUAGGGAUGAUAAUGUAAAUAGCCUGUGUUUUCUUGCAUUUUCUUUUCUUUUUUUUUGUUCGAGUGUAGUGCAGCGCUAUGAUCUGUCCAGAGAGAAUUUAUACACACCUAUAUAUAUAUAUAUAUAUAUAUAUAUAUAUAUAUAUAUAUAUAUAUUGGUGAGUGCUAAGAUGUAAGAGAAAGGAGGUUGAGAGUAACGGUGAAAAGUAGUGCAUUAGAAGGUGUUAUGUACGAGCCCGCUGUAAUCAGGAGUUCCAUACUGGAAAAAGAUAAGUGCCGUUAUUCAAUAUUUCAGAGCCGUGCAAUGGUAUCUGGGGUUCUCUGGAAAUGUGCAGUUUGGUUCCUCUGUUUAGAGCAAAUAAUUGUGUGCAAGAUAUUUCAGUGUUUACAAUUGCUCUGUAGGAGUCUAGGCAUUACACAAUUUUUGUAAAAAGGAAAUUGGUCGCGUAUACACAUGUUGGGUUUCACUGAUGUGACACUUUUUCUGCUUGCGAUAAUUGAGCGAACGUGGUCUUUUUUUUUUAGUUGGACUGAGUGAGGGUUUAUGGAAUGGUUGUUGUUUAGGAGUGCUUGUUUAACUUAAAAAAAAUAAUAAAAUAAUGAACAUUUUUA